CUGCGAUUUGUCACGAACUUCCCCUCCGCCUCCGAAGCUCCACCAAGCAGUCACCCGGCAUCCUUUCGGCCAGUAUCCAUAGCCGUUUACAGCCAGAACAAGUAUAAAAGGGACGAACCACACGGACGGAAUCCUCUUCUCUCAGAAAGCUACCCUCUACUUCUGUCUACAUUCCCAAACAGUUGUCUAUCAAGAUGGCCAAGAGACUCGUAACUAUCGACGUUAUCAGCGAUACCGUAUGUCCCUUCUGCUUCCUGGGCAAGCGCCGGCUUGAGAGGGCCAUGGCUCGCUUUUCGGACACGCUUGACUUCAAGGUCCGCUGGCACCCGUUCUACCUGGACCCCACCGCCACAGUGUCCAAGGAUAAACUAGCCCACUACCACGCAAAGUUCGGUGAAGAACGGUUCGCGGCUCUCAACGCCAACAUGAAGCGGAUGGCGGCCGCCGAAGGAAUUAACAUCAACUUUGGCGGGCUCGUCGGUCCUACCCGUGACAGCCACCGUUUGACACAUUUCGCACAGAAGAUCAACAAGCAGGAUGAAGUCAUCGAGGGAUUGUUCAAGGCGUACUUUGAGGAUAACAAAGACAUCGCAGACGUUGAGGUGUUGACGAGCGUUGCCAGCGGGGCCGGUAUCAAUGGGGAUGAGGCUAGACAGUGCUUGUUGAGUGGGGAGGGUGGGGACGAGGUGGAUCAGGAGGCCAACAAGCACAGGAGAAGCAUCAAUGGCGUCCCACAUUUCACCGUCAACGGGAAGCAUGAGAUCCACGGCGCGCAGGAUGUGGAAGAGUUUGUUAGGGUCUUCCGGAAGGUGGAAGGAGGCAACUGAGAGUAGAUCGUAGGCAUAGACUUGUACAGUUGGCAUAGACUCCUACAGCCGAACGUUCAAAUGUAAUAUCUCGUGCGCAGAUUCGUGCUUGGUUGUUCAGC